AUGCCUCCAGCAAGAACAGCCAGACGGGCCAUAACGGACGAGAACGCAGAGACUGGAACACAACGACUUACGCGUGCGAAGGCUGCUGCUCUCGAGACAUCUGCUGCCGACCCACCAAAGAAGGCAUUGACGACUAAGCGCUCGACCACCGCACCAUCAAAUGGCACGCUCGGUGCACGGAAGAGGACAGCCCUGGGAGAUGUCAGCAACGUUGUGAAGAAGGACCCGUCGGAGAAUGCAGAUGGCAAGAAGAGUGGCCUCGAGAAGCCAACGCUGGUGAAGGCUGCAAAGCCUGCUGGCAUCACAAAACAACCAGCGCGUAACAGCUCAACACGGACCGCUCUUGGAGCAAAGACCAGCAACAACGCAUCAUCUGAGCUGAAGCGACCUGCGAGUGGCAGUGGCAUUGCUGGCAAUGUACCAAAGAAGCGUAACGUUUCCACGUCCAAGCCUACCAAGAUGGAGCUUGAGGAUGAUGAGGACUCUGAGAACGCGCCACCAGCUGUCAAUGGCUCCAAGGUCCCGACCAAGAUUGCGAGGAAGGCUAGCGUAAAGAGUGCCACUACCGGUCGUGCUCAGCUCAAGCCUGAAGAGGACAAUGAGUACCCAUCUCUGGAGGAGGUCAUCCUCGAUGCCAAGGAUCUCGAUGAGGAGGACAUGGACGACCCGCUUAUGGUUGCCGAGUAUGUUCACGAGAUCUUCGACUAUAUGAAGCAACUUGAGAUCACUACCAUGCCCAACGCCGAUUACAUGGAGAACCAGGACGAGCUAGAGUGGAAGAUGCGCGGUAUCCUCGUCGACUGGCUGCUCGAGGUCCACACGCGGUUCAGGCUUCUGCCCGAAACACUCUUCUUGGCCGUCAACAUCAUCGACCGCUUCUUAUCUUCCAAGGUUGUCCAGCUGGACCGUCUACAGCUCGUCGGUGUUACCGCCAUGUUCAUUGCCAGCAAGUACGAGGAGGUCCUCUCACCUCAUGUCCAGAACUUUGUGCAUGUCGCCGACGAUGGCUUCUCCGAAAGCGAGAUACUGUCUGCCGAGCGAUUCGUCUUGGCUGCCCUCGACUAUGACCUCUCAUACCCCAACCCGAUGAACUUCCUACGCCGCAUCUCCAAAGCCGACAACUAUGACAUCCAGACCCGCACUCUCGGCAAGUAUCUCCUCGAGAUUGGAUGCCUGGACCACCGCUUCCUCCAGUACCCGCCAUCUCACGUCGCCGCCGCGGCUAUGUACCUCGCGCGUCUCUCGUUGAAUCGUGGUGAAUGGGACGCAACCCUCAGCAAGUACGCCGGCUACACCGAGCACGAGAUCCAGCCUGUGUUCAAGCUCAUGGUCGACUAUCUCCACGCGCCAGUGCAGCAUGAUGCAUUCUUCCGCAAGUACGCGAGUAAGAAGUUUUUGAAGGCUUCCAUCGUCCUCAGACAAUGGGCCAAAAAGUGGGCGCCGAAAUACCUCGACAAUGUGCAAGAGCAGCCAAGCAGUGGCAAGACUCCUCGCUCAUAG